UGGGCGCAGGCGCCGCUGCCGCUUUCCCCCGCCCCCCUGCCAUCGGGGGUCUCUUUGUGCGCGUCGCGUCGCGUCACGCCCCGGUGCCGUAGCUGCGGUCGCGCCGCUGGAGGAGGAGGAGCGGGGAAGCGCCGUGGAAAGCGUCGUCCGCCCGCCCGCCCGCCCGCGCCUCCGCCGCCUCAUGCCGUGGCGCCGUCCUUCCGCCAGUCCGGGAACCUGCAUGGCCGGGCAUGGGGAGCGCUGUGCCCUCCCGCGCCGCCAGGGCUGAGGCACCGUUCGCCGCUCUGCGGCGGCUGCUCGCCGCACUGGGGCUGCUGCUGCUGGGCGCAGGUACCGGGAAUGUGGGGCUAGGAGGGACAGGAGCGCAGCCGUGUGCGCGCAGACGCAAGGAGCUGCCGGGCCCUUUCCCUUCCGGUAGAGCUUUUCAUGAAGGAGGGAUUCGCGAGCUGGGCCUGUGUAGUCAGAGGAGAGACGACUGGGAGGGGAUCAGUUAGUGCAUAUAAGUAUCUCCAUCCGAGACGAUGGUGCCAGAUUUCUUCAUUGGUACCGAGCGACAGGAAGAGGAACAAUGGCUAUGAACUGAAACACAAAAAGCUUCACCUCAACAUUAGGUAGAACUUCUUUGCAUCAAGGGUAGCAGAGCACUGGAACAGGCUGGCAGGGAGGUCAUGGAGUUUCCUUCUCUCGAGACAUUUAGACCCUACCUGGACACGUUCCUGUGUCACCUGGUCCAAGUGAUCCUGCCUUGGCAGGGGAGUUGGACUAGAUGAUCCCCAGAGGUCCCUUCCAGCCCUAAAAAUUCUGCCAUUCUGUGAUUUAUUGGACUGUUUGAUAACUUAACAGACUUGCUCAGCUAGCCUGAUAUAUUUGUUUAAAUAAUAAUAUGAAUACAACUAAAGGGAAAUAAAAGUUUUGAUGCUUUGAAAGUCUGGCUCUAAACCCAAUAUUCCCUCUGUCAUUUUUCUUGGCGUGGGUCUUUUUUGUGUAUCUGAAAACACAGAAGUUGAUUCUUGUUAGGAUUUUUUUUCCUCCGUAUUCUGCAGAGGUAUGUAUGGCUUGCACAAAGAAAAUUUUAGCUUACCUGCACAAGUCAUGGUCAUGCUUAGCUGUAGGUGGGGGAUUCCUCAUAUGACUUUGUGUUGUCUUGGGAUUUUAACAGAUUUGUGUUAGCUAUGCGUCACUGGCAAAACAUAGUGCUCUUAUAAAUUCAUGGUUUGGGUAUUUGGAGUAAGUCAUGUGAAUACUGACUCAGGAAGGUCAGCUAAGGGGCAGGCAAAGAAAUUGCUGAUAUCCUCUUAUCACUGGGUGCAUUGCCGAAAACAGCUAUUUAAAAAAUGAAAAAUGUUGCUAUUCAGCCUAUUUUCCGCUUCUCAUGGCUCAGGAGUUUCUCAUACAUAUUGUUUUCCCUUUUUUUUUAACUUUUCUAUGUGUCUUUGUGGUAUUCAAAACCUGCUUUAUGACAGUGAAAAAAUUCAGUUAAAUGUUCCCAAAGAUGAAUUUUAGUAGAUAGUUUUGCAGGCUUGAACAGCUGUUGCAUGAAGUUGUGCACCUAUUCUUUAUGAAGGCCCAUUUUCUCUUUGGAUGGCAGGAAAUGUGAUCUCUCCUAGAUUGGGGUCCUCCUGGUUUUAACCUGUGUGAAAAGUGGAGUUCUGUUGCCCUUAGUGUGUCUUGUUCAUUUAUUUUUUACCCCUAAUAAUUUGGUAAAAGUUACCUUCAGAAAGCUGUUGUUAACUGCCAUGAGAAUCUAGAAGGAUUUCAGAUCAUACGUGUGAGAACUGUGAAGGAGAAAACUGUAAAACUUCGGUUUGCUUGCAAAGAUGUUAACUGGUUUUUUAUGGAAAUCAGGUAAGCAGAUAAAAUCUGUCUGGUUUGUUCAUGUAAACUGAACUAUGUAGCAGUUGUAUACAUCUGAUAAUUACUUCAGGCUUUUGUGGGCAGAGAGUUUCUCUCCCGCCAGUCUUAUUACUGAAUUACGCUCUGAAAGGUAUAGGUACUGCAAUGUAUAGGUGUGUUAGCUGAAAACUUGCACUUCAGACAACUGGGUUUUUUCACGCUUUAGUCCCCAAAAAAUGAGCAGCAAAGCUUUAGCUAUGGCAGUGUCAGGGAAAUAAAGCAAACUGCUUGUCCGCUUACCUACCCAUUCUCCCUCACCCUGGUUUCUAAAAGAGAACUUGGUUUUUGCUUUAUUCAGUCUAGUUUUUGUCUAAACAUUUUUAGACAUUUGACGUCUAACAUCUAAACAAUGUCUAAACAACAUUACUUUGUUGCCUUUACCACAUUCUUUGGAGGGGCAGAAUUCUAUAUAAAAAUUCAUAAAUUGUGUAAAGCACUUAAAGACUACAUGGGGACUUUCUUAUUGUCUAAGGGAUAAAUUUAAACACAGAACUGCAUCAUCAUCUUGAUAUCUAGAAAGAAAUGUCUGGCUUGUACUUGAUGGGACUUAGUGCUCUUUUUUCAUCUAGGCAAUAUGAAGUAAUGGAUUAAGACAUCAUGAGUCCUGUCAUCUGAGAUAGUCUCCGUUGUUAUCUUUCAACCUUUUUUUUUUUUCUAAAAUGCAAUGUUUCUCUAAUGGGUGACUGUGAGCUGCACACAUCUUGUGGAAUCCAGAAGUGCACCACUGAUUUUGUAUCCUUUACUUCACAUCUAAACGCAGCUCUUGAUGACUUUGAUUUGGAAUUCUGCAAGGCCCUGCGGGCAUACUCUGUGUGUACAUAUCGCAAUUCCAAAGUAUGCCGUGGAAACCUAGUCUACCAUUCUGCAGUGCUUGGGAUUGGUGAUCUCAUGACCCAGAGAAACUGUACCAAAAAUGGACCCACAUCCUCCACCAACUCUGAAAUGACCCAUGAUCUUUGCAAUUACAGUGGCCACACAGAAGUGAGAGAACGUCAGGGGGGAGAGAAGACACCUCCUCCUACUUACCUGUUUUGUGGUUUGUUUGGGGAUCCUCAUCUGAGGACUUUUAAGGAUCACUUCCAGACAUGCAAAGUGGAAGGCGCUUGGCCCCUCAUAGACAAUAAAUACUUAUCAGUGCAAGUGACCAAUGUGCCUGUGGUCCCAGGAUCCAGCGCUACUGCUACAAACAAGAUAACUGUUAUCUUCAAAUCAUACCAAGACUGUACAGAUCAGAAAGUAUAUCAAGCAAUGACUGAUGACUUGCCUGCAGCUUUUGUUGAUGGUACAACAAGUGGAGGAGACGAGAACACCAGGAGCUUUUACAUUGUGGAGAAAGUCAGUGGCAAAUAUAUUGAGAUGCAUGCAAGGUACAUCGGAACCACAGUGUAUAUUCGCCAGCUUGGGCACUACCUGACCCUGGCCAUUCGCAUGCCCCAGGAGUUGGUCAUGGCCUUUGAGGAGAGCCAGGAUCUGCAGCUGUGUCUGAACGGCUGCCCUUCCAGUGAACGUAUUGAUCAGAGUGGUUACUUGCCAUUGCCUGUGAUGGGAAAGCUGCAUCCUUGGGGUGCUGCAUCUCAUCCCCGAUCAGGGUAUACACUGGAAACAGCCACCACCAAAUGCCAUGAGAAGAUGCUUGUGAAGGACAUCUAUUUUUACUCAUGUGUAUUUGAUCUACUCACCACUGGCGAUGACAACUUCAUGGCUGCCGCUCACAGUGCCCUGCAGGAUGUGGAGGCACUGCACCCCAGCAAAGAGAACUGGCAUAUCUUUCCCAGGAGUGGAGAUAAUGGUGUGGGCAGGGAUAGCAAAUUCUUUGUCAGUCUUGGACUUCUAUGCUUGAUCCAUGUUCUAUAUUUGUAGGAUUUUUUUUUUAGACUUUUUAGACUCUAACAAAAUUUUGAAAUAUAUAUGGUCAUAAUAUAUUGAGUAAAGAGGAAUAUAUAUGUAUAUACCAUGUAUAUGAAGGAAUGUUUUGUCUUGCGGCAUCAAUCAGAUAGGAUGUUCACUGUUUUCAUGUAUGUUUGAUUCGGUAUUUUAUGUAUCGGUUUGUUUUACAGUUGUUGAAAAGUUUUACAGUGUCCCUGCAUUGAGACCUGAUAAAAAGCACUUUAUUUUUCACACAUUAAAUAUAUAAGUAUGUACCUCAGUAAGUAUGUGUUACACAGUGCUCUCUUUUCUCUAAGUACUACUUGGUUUAACACAUUUUUUUAAACUGUUUUCCCAAGAGACCUUUAGUUAAUGUCAAACAUUCAUCUUUUGAAGCUAGUGAAUGGUCGCUGGAGAGAGCUUAAACUUAGAGGGAACACCUUUUUUUUUUUUUUUUCUCCUCUUCACAGGCCCUUCAGUUGUCUGUAUUCUAGAAGGCUACAGUUUUAUGGUUUUUUCAUGCUUGGAAACCCCACAUUGUAUCAAUCUUUGCAAAAUGUUGUAGGUGUGAUUCAUUAGUAUACCAGUAAGUAUUUGUGCGUGUGUAAUAGAGUGGCUGAGCAGUGUGUAAAUAUUUUAAAUUAUUAUAAUAGAAGAACAGUUGUCGUGUCCUGUCCCUGCCCCUGCUGAGGAAUGUCAGUAAGGUGGUAUAAGUGACCCCUGGUGGGGUGCACAGAAAUUGGAUAUAUAGACCACGUACUGGGCAGGUAAUCUAUAAACAAAUUCUCAGUUUGUCUCCUAGCCAAACAGGAUGGAUAGGAUAUUGGAUAGCUAUGUGCCGAAUACAGUUGUUAUACUUCUUGCAGACGCUUGCUUCUCUCUGCUAUAUAAGAUAUGUAAAUUUAUGACCAGCAGCUGCAAAACAGGCCAGUUUAUUGAAAAGAUGAGUUUAUUGAAAGAGAUGAGGAAACUAAGAUGAGGAACCAUUCCCUCAAGAUCAACAACUCCAAGUUGUACAGUUCUUUUGUAGUGUUUGCAGAGAUACAAGAAUUUUAACACAGGGAUCUGUGUAACUUCUGCAUCCCUCCUGAGAGACAUUAUAAAAAUCCUCUUUUCAAGUUAUUGGAGAACUCUCACACCAAAAGAACCCCAGAACAGAAAAUUAUUUUCUGUAAAACUAAAGAAGAGGUGGGGAAAUUUGAAUAAAUUAUACAGAAAAGUCAACAAGAUUACAGAACUUAGUGUAACAAGAUGAUCUGUUAAAUAUAUAUGGAGUAUUUCAGCUGCAAGGCUAAUCACACAGUGUAAAGGUAAAUUGAAAGUGCCAAAACUUAAAAGAAGUUAUGUCAGAUACAUACAAAGAAAUACAGACCUAAUAAACCUAAUCACAACUGUGAAUGAUGCUUCAGUAAGCUUGUAUUACAACUGGAAGUUGAGGUGUGUGAGAAAUAAUCUUAUCUGGAAGAUGAAUGAGUCAAACAAGUUGUGGAAAUUGCCAUAGAAGGCAAAAGGAGCUUUAAAUAUGUAUAUGUUUACUGUACACAGAAGGCAGCUGUCAUAUCUGUAGGAGCUUGCUCACAGGUGUCAGUCUAACACCACAAGCUCUGGAGAAGGCUAUGUAAUGUGAUCAUCCAUUGGUAUUUUAAUGCAACAACCAGUCAGCCAUUACUGAUGCUAUCUGUUUGCUGGACGUUGUCUUAAGCUACCCUUGGAUAUUGUCACUCAAAAGGGUUUUUGAGUAUCUUCUAGAACUGUCCUAAUCAUAUGCUAACAGAGCUUCUAACAACAGGUGAUGAUAGUUCUCUAUAGUUGUGGAGUCUGACAACUUCUUUAGUAAGCAUAUUGCAGGACUGGCGGAGACUGUAUGCCUAAUCCUGUAUUUUGUGUGUACAGAAGGCUCCUAAACAAGGGUAUUAUAAAAAGAAAUAGUAGGCUCAAUUGCCUGUCAAACCAAAAGUUAUUUUUUUCUUCCUGGAAAACCUAUCUGGAAGAAAAAUGUGCAUAGAGCAUCUGUUAAGUGGAAUACAACUGGAGAGUAUAACCUUUUGUUCUUAUGGGUCAAGUUACAGACCUUCAGUAUUGCCUUUCCUUUCAGACUACUGCUGUACUGCAAGAAAAUAGGAUACCAAUUAUUUACAUUCUCCUACUUUAGCAUUAUAACUACUGUGCCUUUGUUUUAUGAGUUUUGAGGCUGUGCCAGUGUCUGUUUACUUACAUAUACUCCAAAGUGAAGCAAGCAAUUCUGCAAGCUUUGUACUGCCUAAUGACUUUCUUUACUGGACAUGUUUUGAAAAAAAGCCUAGGAGCAUUAUGGCUUUCUUCUCUUCUGAGAAGAGACACAGAGCACAGUUUAAAAUCUUGCAUUCAUUUUCUUCAUAUAGGUACAGCUAUUGUCUUUUACACUGAAAUUUUCAUGCUCUGGUUAUUUAAUGCCCAUCUAUUAUGUCUUGACUGAUAUAAAUUAUUUCGUGUCUUUCCCUGUUCCAGCUAUACACUAUCCAAAUGGGACUAGUAACAAUUCACUUUUUUUAGCUGGUAUUCUGUGUUUUUUAGAAAGUAAGUAUUCUCUGUAUUGUGCUGCUACUUCUCUUCAAUUGUAUUCAAAACAAACGGAUUGUGGGGAUCGGUGUUGUCCAUUAGAUUUUAUAGUUCUCAUUAAUUACCUUGUUAUGGAGAGCAACAUAGCUACAGAUCGAGUACAAGUAUGCAGGUAAAUUUGUGAUGCUGAUGUAAAACAACUGCAUCUGAUCUGAUUCAGAAUUCUUUAUGUUUGUUACUGAACUUUGCUGACAUUAAAAACUGCUAUUACUAAA